CUGCACCCAAACCAAAGCAAAAGAGACAAAUCAUCGUCGAGUGAAACAUCUUUCCUGCGUUUCUUGUGUCAAAAUCUCGCCCCAAAAUGAGCAGUAAAGUGGAGACAUACCUCGCCGCCAAGAAGAACUCGUCCCCGCCCGAACUAUCUAAGAAAUUCGGGGAGUUGGAGGAUCUUUAUAACAAGAAACUAUGGCAUCAGCUGACCACAUCCCUGAUAGCUCUGGUGAAGAACCCAGUCAUGAAGGAGGGAACAGAACUCAUCCAGCUUUACAACAAUCUUAUUGGCGAACUUGAAAACAAGAUCAACCCACUGUCCCUGGCCCAGAUGGCUGGAGAGGUUGUUGCACAGUAUGCAGAUGCAAAUGAAGGUAUCAAAUUUAUGGAGAAGAUUGCUCCUAAAGUGGUAGACCAUCAGGAAGCUAAAGUUCUCUGCAAUGUUCUUAUUGCACAGAUGUACUUAACAAAACUAGAGGACCAGACACGCACAAAAAAGAUCCUAGAUGACACUGAAAAAAUGCUUGAUGAGAUCGAAGGAGUCACACCAGUUCACGGAAAGUUCUACCUCUUGGCAUCAGACCUUUACUGUCGAAGCGGUGCUCAUGCUGACUAUUAUCGAGCAGCGUUGCGUUAUUUGGGCUGCACUGAAGUUGAUGACAUGGAUGCUGAGACAAAGAGCAAGCAGGCUUUCUACCUGGGACUUGCGGCUCUUCUGGGAGAUGGCAUCUACAACUUUGGUGAACUGCUGGCUCAUCCCAUCCUAGAAUCCCUAAAAAGUUCCCAGUCGGUGUGGUUGCUGGACCUGCUUCUAGCCUUCAACCAGGGCAAUAUCAGCAAGUUUGAGACAAUGAAGCCCCAGUGGAGCACCCAGCCAGAUCUUCUGAAUAAGGAGAAUCAGUUGAGAGAAAAGAUACGCUUGUUAUGUCUUAUGGAGAUGACAUUCCAGCGCAAGGCAUGGGACCGCCAGUUGACCUUCACAGAAAUUGCACAAGAAACCGGUCUGCCAGAGAACCAGGUGGAGGUGAUGGUGAUGCGGGCGCUGUCUCUCGGCUUGGUAAAGGGAACUAUCGACCAAGUAGAUAACAAGGUCAACAUUACGUGGGUGCAACCGAGAGUGCUCGAUAAGAAACAGCUGGAAACAAUGAUGGACAGACUGACUGACUGGUGCAAGGAUGUUAAUGGGAUGCAGAAUCUCCUGCAGGACCAAGCUAGUACUAUCCUCACUCUUUAAGGAAUAUAUGUUAAAGUGGUUAAAUAGCGUAUAAUAUUUUGUAAAAGCUGUUCAACACAGGCCCUCUCCAUAUAGAGCAUUUAUAUCCAGUUUCUAUGAUGAAUAUUAGAGAAGUACCACACUUAAGAGUGAUAAUUAAAACAAAUGUAUUUGCUUUAUUUAAUUUUAUUUUAUUUGUUCAUUAAUUCUUAUUUUUGUCUUAGUUUAUUAAAAAGGCAGAAUUUUCCAUUCAUGUUCAGAGGAUGGGUUUGGUAUAUAGGUUUCCUACAUCUACCCUGACAGGGAAUGAAAAAAUUAAUGGUGUGAGUGCAAAGUAAGACAUUUAUUUGUUAAUUCAGCUUUAUGUGAAAUUAAAACCGGCUUUUCUUUGUCAUACUUAUUUUAUUUUUCUAAUAGUUGCCUGGUAUGUAUGCAGCCUAUUUAUAAGAAAAACUUGUGACUUUCUUACAAAAAUAUAGUAAAACUUCAG